CUCCUUCUCUUCUUUGUCCUUCCUGGCCUUAGCAAGAUGUUCUUCGGCGGACAGGAGACCGCCAUCGGGCUUCCCCCGGCCCGCCCGAACGGUCGCAAAAGACUUGGAGAGCUUGGUGAGGCGGGUGAGCCCGCCGAGGAACACGGUGUUCACGCGGAGCCCCUCGAUCAUCCCUCCCUAUCGUUUCAGCUCCAGGAGGGCAGCGUGGCCGAGAUCUUUUUCGAGCUGCUUCUUGGAGGCAACGACGGCGAGGUCUUUAGGGAUAGGGCGGUCAUUCUCCCGUUGCUUCCUCUCGCUGCGUAGUCGGUUGAUGGCCUUCUACAUGUUCACAGGCCGCAAGCCCGCCCCUUUGAACGCCGCCAUGUUAUUCGCAGCCGUGAAGCUCCCUCUCCAUGCCUCCGCAAUCAUGCCAGCCAUGUCGCGCUUCACCGGGCUCCUCCCCCCGAUUUGCAGUGGGUAGGCCGUGAGCACCCUGGUGAGCUCCUUCUUGAAGGUUCCGAAUGUACCCACGUCCAAGGGCUGGGUG